GAGAGAGAGUGACGCAAAGUUUCACAUACUGCCAUGGCGGGUGCAAACCCACCACACUACACCCCAACUUCCAAACCCACCGCCCCUAACUCACUCUGGAAAAUAACCAACCUUUAUUCACUAGCUCUAAUCACUUUUCUUUGCUCUCUUUCUUACAUCCUUGGCAUAUGGCAACACGGAGGCGGCGCCACCACCUCCAUCAGAACCUCCACCAACCUUGGUGCCACCAUUCCUUGUACCAUCCCAACCACAACCCUCAGAACUACAACCCCCUUAUCAACCUCCAAAUCCCUAGACUUCGGCUCCCACCACUCCGCCGACGUCGGCGGUGCCAUCACACUUCCCGAUGAGGCCAUCACAAAAUACCCAACUUGUGACGUGAAGUACAGUGAAUACACGCCAUGCGAGGACGCUGUAAGAUCUCUGAAGUUCGACAGAGACAGGUUGAUAUACAGAGAAAGGCAUUGCCCUCAAAAGGGUGAACUACUGAAGUGCCGUGUACCUGCGCCGCAUGGUUACAGGAACCCUUUCAAAUGGCCUCAGAGUAGGGAUGUGGUGUGGUAUGCCAAUGUACCACACAAGGAAUUGACGGUGGAGAAAGCUGUACAGAACUGGAUUAGGUAUGAAGGCGAUAGGUUCAGAUUCCCCGGUGGUGGGACGAUGUUCACCAAUGGCGCUGAUGCGUACAUUGAUGAUAUUGACAAGCUGAUCAAUCUCAAAGAUGGGUCCAUUCGGACCGCCAUUGAUACUGGCUGUGGGGUUGCUAGCUGGGGAGCAUAUCUUCUGUCAAGAAAUAUCCUUACAAUGUCGUUUGCACCGAGGGAUACACAUGAAGCACAGGUGCAAUUUGCUCUCGAGCGAGGAGUGCCCGCUUUGAUUGGUGUUAUUGCAUCCAAGAGGCUUCCUUACCCAUCCAGAGCUUUUGACAUGGCUCAUUGCUCUCGCUGCCUCAUUCCAUGGGGCCAGUAUGAUGGUGCUUACUUGAUUGAGGUUGAUCGAGUACUGAGGCCCGGUGGAUAUUGGAUCCUCUCGGGGCCACCAAUCCGCUGGAAGAAAUACUGGAAAGGAUGGCAGAGAACCAGGGAGGAUUUGAGUGAUGAACAAACUAACAUUGAGAAUGUAGCUAAAAGCCUUUGCUGGAAGAAGUUUGUUGAGAAGGAUGACAUUGCUAUAUGGCAAAAGCCCACAAACCAUUUAAAUUGCAAAGCUACCAGGAAGAUUACCAAGAAUCCACCAUUCUGUCCUGCCCAAGAUCCCGACAAGGCAUGGUACACAAAGUUGGAGACAUGUUUAACUCCCUUGCCUGAAGUUUCAAACAAUCAUGAGGUUGCAGGAGGGAAAUUGGCAAAGUGGCCACAGAGAUUGAAUGUGAUCCCUCCUAGGAUUACUAGUGGAACAGUGAAAGGAGUUACAGCUGAGGUUUUCCAGAAAGAUUCAAAACUAUGGGAAAGGAGAGUGUCUUACUAUAAAACUGUGAACAAUCAACUCGGGCAAGCGGGAAGAUACAGAAAUCUUCUAGACAUGAAUGCAUACUUGGGUGGAUUCGCGGCUGCUCUGAUUAAAGAUCCAGUUUGGGUGAUGAAUGUUGUUCCUGUUGAAGCUAAGGUCAAUACUCUUGGAGUUAUUUAUGAAAGGGGAUUAAUUGGCACAUAUCAGAGCUGGUGUGAAGCAAUGUCUACCUAUCCUAGAACGUAUGAUCUCAUUCAUGCUGAUUCAGUGUUUACCCUCUACAGAAACAGAUGUGGAAUGGAAGAUAUUCUGCUAGAAAUGGACAGAAUUCUAAGGCCUGAAGGAAGCGUAAUCCUCCGGGAUGAUGUCGAUAUUUUGGUUAAGGUUAAGAGGAUCGUGGAUGGAAUGAACUGGGAUAGUCAGAUUGUUGACCAUGAAGAUGGCCCCCUACAGAGGGAGAAGCUUCUCUUUGCAGUGAAGACUUAUUGGACAGCUCCUGCUACCCUUGAAAUUGGAAAUUCUAAAUAG